AUGUUGUUGGUGGCCCAAUCCACAAACGUUCCGUUGCGCUUACACGACCCCUGUCCACCAGCAGAUGACCCCGCCGGCACCUCCACCUCCACCUCUACGCCCACCUCCACCUCCACCUCCACCAUCCCCAAACCCAUCCCCCACCACGUCAAAAGGAAGAUGGACAGAGCGCAAGCGGAUCACGCGCUGGAGAUAGGGAAGACGUUCCGCCUCCCAGAAGCAGGCACGGCAUGUAAACCAGAAGCCGAACACGCGCUGCAGAUAGGGAAGAAGUACCGCUCAUUGCGGACGCUGGCUCAAUCACAGCAACGACCACUUCCACCGGCGGGCGCGGGCGCGGGCGCGGGAAGGGAAAGGGAAACGGGGGCCAUAGCUGAGGACAGCAACGUGGAAAGCAACCUGGUCAGCGACCUCGUCAAAUGCUUUGCGAGGGAGCUCCGGCAGGCGGCGACAGAUCUCGAUGCCAAACAUGCCAAAUGCGCAAAACUACUGGACCUGCGAAAUGAGAAAAACUCCAAAGACGCUUUGAAAGUCUUCAAUUCUGCCCAGGUCAAUGACCUCCAGAUUCAACUGCUACGAUCCCGGCGUAAAGUAGAGACUCUGCUUGAGGAGGCCAAGGACCUGCGUUUCGAGAAAAUGGAAGUAGAAGCUGCGCUGGAGUGCGAGCGGAAGGACACGGCGGAGCUCAGGUAG